CUGACCAGCGGAAAAAAAAACACAUGCACCUGCAUUUAUGAAUGAAUGAGCAUUACAAACGACAGGUCCAAAAAUACCAGAAGCACCCAGCUGAGAACAGAAGAGGAAAAGAGAGCAGCAGGAGCGGAAGUGACGUGAGGGUUUCGUCAGCUGUAUGUUGAUGUUUUGUGGUAACAGCAGAACGGAGGGACGGGAAGACGGUUUGUUUUUGUUCUAUUAUCCGCCGUUUUUACCGUCAAAAUCGCGUCGAAUUGAACUAAGAUCGCUCCGUUUCGAUAGGAGCGAGUAUACCGCGUAUAAAGACGCUCAGGUUGGACGUUAAAACGCGUUAAGAGUCGCUAAAACGGAGGAAGCGUCGCCCCUGAGCGGUCUCCAGCAUGACGAUCCUGCCGAAGAAGAAGCCGGGCUCAUCGGUCGGUGUGUCAGAUCACCCCGACGACCCUGACCGCCGGACCGGCUCCGACCCGCACCAGCACUCCCACCCCCACGGGGUCCGACCGGGUGCUAGGCCUAGGGCUUCCCCGCCGCCCUGGUCCAGAGAGGACAGACGGACUGAAUCCAGCGCCCGGCCGCAGCAGGCCUCUCCUCCGCCAGUGGGCGCCGGGUCUCCGGUGGGCCCGGGGGAUGCGGGAGGGAUGGCGUGCGUUUCCGGGGUUCGGGGAGAGCUGUCAGUGGGGGUGGGAUGUGGAGGGUGCUGCUCGGGACCGGGUUUGAGUAAGAGGAGGAGACAGGCGACCUGCUCCGGUGGGGUGGCCGGUGGAGGGACUGUACCGGGAGCAGCGGGUGGAGGAGGAGGGGGUCCGAGCCCCGAGCAGGAGGAAGGAGCCGGGUAUAACAGUGAGGAUGAGUAUGAGAAUGCUUCCAGACUACAGUCAGAGGACCCGGCGACAGUUGAACAGGAACACUGGUUUGAAAAAGCGCUCGGGGAAAAGAAAGGAUUCGUCAUCAAAAAAAUGAAAGAAGAUGGUGCCUGCCUCUUCAGAGCGGUUGCCGAUCAGGUUUACGGAGACCAAGAUAUGCACGAAGUCGUCCGCAAACAUUGCAUGGAUUACUUGAUGAAAAACGCAGACUACUUCUCGAACUAUGUGACAGAGGACUUCACUACAUACAUCAACAGAAAGAGGAAGAACAAUUGCCAUGGGAACCAUAUUGAGAUGCAAGCCAUGGCGGAAAUGUACAAUCGUCCAGUGGAGGUUUAUCAGUACGGCACAGAACCAAUCAACACGUUCCAUGGCAUCCAUCAAAAUAAUGAUGAACCAAUCAGAGUUAGUUACCACGGGAACAUUCACUACAACUCUGUGGUGAACCCCAACAAAGCCACGAUUGGAGUCGGGCUUGGACUUCCUGCCUUCAAACCAGGGUUUGCAGACCAGUCACUUAUGAAAAAUGCCAUUAAAACGUCAGAGGAAUCCUGGAUUGAGCAACAAAUGCUGGAGGACAAGAAGAGGGCCACAGAUUGGGAAGCCACCAAUGAAGCCAUAGAAGAGCAAGUGGCCAGAGAAUCUUACCUACAGUGGCUUCGAGACCAAGAGAAACAGGCGCGACAGCCUCGUAAAGCCAGCGCUACGUGCAGCUCUGCCACUGCUGCAGCUUCCAGUGGUUUGGAAGAAUGGAAUGCCCGGUCCCCGCGGCAACGAAGCUCCGCCCCCUCUCCGGAGAUUCCUGAUCCCUCGCACUCGGACACACCCGCUAAACCCCCCUCCCCGGCGGGAGCGGCCCUUGCACUAUCCAAACCCCCAUCGCCAUGUGCACCAGGUCCCAGUAACCAGGCUUGUGUUGGACCAGACAGGCCCACCUCAUCCUCUCUGGUGUCUCUGUAUCCAGCAUUGGGCUACCGGGCCAUUAUGCAAGAGAUGUCCCCUACUGCGUUUGGUUUAACAGACUGGGAAGAUGAUGAGAUAUUGGCCUCAGUCUUGGCUGUGUCACAACAGGAAUACCUCGAUAGCAUGAAGAAAAAUGCCACACAUAGAGAACCCUCCCCGGACAGCAGUUGAUAAAGGAGGGUUUGAAGGCACAAUCUGCAAGGAGGCAGAUACAUGGGGAUCAAACCAAUCACAUUCUCUCCAUCAUCAUGCAAUCCACCCUUUCCUUCUCCCUUCGAACACCCAUCCCUCUAUCCAUGCAUCACUAGCCCGAGCCAUCCAGUCAAAAUGGCCCGUUGUCGUGAUAAUCGCCUAACCACUCCUUUAUUUCUUACGCCAUUCACACCGCCAUUGGACUUCUUUAGGUGCAUGUGAAAAUAAACACGACUGAUAUCAUUAUAGAAUACACAGGAAAUUGAAAAUUAUUGAAAAAAAAAUGUCAUACUUUAUCCUCAUAAUAAUUGAUUAAUAUAAUCUUGUUUUAUUUUAUUUUAUUGUUUGGGAUGAAAAUGCUCUUUUUUUUUUUUUUCUUGGAAUAAAAAAAGGAGAACUUUCUGAAGAAAUGUCAGUCUGUCUUGCUGUAUUUUCUGUGCCAUGCAUAUCACAAACAAUAUGUAAUGUUGAAGAUUACAUAAACUCUACAAGCUAAAAGUUUGGACACACUUGAUUGAAACCUUUUAAACUAAAGGCUUAUGCGAUUAUAAAUUGUGCCAGAGUAUUGGUUGAGAAAAUGCCCAAAGCCUGCAGCAGACAGAGCUGUAAUUUAGGGAAAGGGUGACUACAUGAAAGGAGCCGGGUCAAGUUUCUUACAAAA